AAUUUCUACACCUUAGUACGCUGCAAAUUUUCCAUUAUCCUUUUCUCAAAAACCCUUUGUGGGAAGAGCUCAGCUGAAGGAGUGAAAUUUCAACAGAGGGCUGACCAAUAUCUCCUCACUAUUCAAUGGUACUUGACCCUUGAAAAUAUGAAAGUAAUAACCUUUGCUGGUGGCAUAACAAAACCCAGUUUUUUGGUUGCCCAAACAGAAAUGCCUAUUCUAACAUUUGGUCAUUCUAAGUUGAGUGCUACCCUCGCUCUUCGUUUGCCAUGUAAAUGUGUUAGGAGGAUGGGGUUGAUUACAAAGCUUCAGUAUUCUGUUACUGAUAGGACAUUGACCUCUAGUUCCGUGGAUUCGCUGGAGUCUAAAUCGGACUCCGGUCGAUUGAAUAGGAAGCGGGGAGGCUCUUCAUCGUUAUAUAUUCGUCCUAGUUUAUCAGAAAUGAAGAAAGAUAGAGUGGCAAUGCGUGAAAAGGUUUAUGAUUUCUUGCGAGGAAUUGGCAUUGUUCCUGAUGAGCUUGAUGGUCUUGAACUUCCUGUGACAGUUGAGGUUAUGAGAGAGCGCAUAGAUUUUCUUCACAGUUUGGGGCUUACAAUUGAAGACAUUAACAACUAUCCACUUGUUCUUGGCUGCAGCGUCAAGAAGAAUAUGAUUCCGGUGCUUGAUUACCUUGGUAAAUUGGGAGUCAGGAAAUCCACCUUCACUCAGUUCUUGCAGAGAUACCCACAAGUGCUUCAUGCUAGUGUGGUUGUAGAUCUUGAACCGGUGGUCAAUUAUCUUAAGGGGAUGGAUAUCAAGCCCAAUGAUAUUCCUCGUGUUCUUGAGAGGUACCCUGAAGUGCUGGGAUUCAAACUUGAGGGAACCAUGAGCACAUCAGUUGCUUAUUUGGUUGGAAUUGGUGUUGGAAGAAGAGAAAUUGGAGGGGUCUUAACUAGAUAUCCAGAGAUUUUGGGGAUGCGUGUUGCUAGAAUCAUCAAGCCUUUUGUGGAUUACCUGGAAAACUUGGGAAUUCCAAGGUUAGCCACUGCUAGACUGAUAGAGAAACGACCUUAUAUUCUUGGAUUUGGGUUGGAGGAGAAGGUGAAGCCAAAUGUCAAAUACCUUGAAGAGUUUAAUGUUAGGCGAAUAUCACUUCCCUCCAUAAUUGCUCAGUAUCCAGACAUAAUUGGAGCUGACUUAAAGCCAAAGCUUAUCAACCGGAGAAGUUUACUCAAUUCUGUACUUGAUUUGAAUCAUGAAGAUUUUGGCCGAAUUGUUGAGAAAAUGCCACAGGUAGUUAGCCUCAGUAAUGAACCUAUGCUGAAACAUAUUGAUUUUCUUAAGGAUUGUGGGUUUUCCUUGCAGCAAAUGAGGAAGAUGAUUGUUGGAUGCCCCCAACUACUUGCUCUAAACAUUGACAUCAUGAAACUUAGCUUUGAUUUCUUCCAAAUGGAGAUUGAAAGGCCUUUGGAAGACUUGGUUUCUUUCCCAUCAUUUUUCACUUAUGGUCUGGAGUCAACUGUAAAACCUAGGCAUAAGGUGGUUGUUGAGAAAGGAUUAAAGUGUUCCCUGGCAUGGAUGCUUAAUUGUUCUAAUGAGAAAUUUGAGCAACGAAUGGAAUAUGACACUAUUGACAUGGAAGAGAUGGAAAUGGAACCUUCAUUUGACAUGAAUUCACUGAUGCAACCAAGGAGUGAUGAAUCAGAUUCUGAUUAUGAAGACAAUGAUGAUGAUAAUGAUUAGAAUGAGUAUGUUACUUCAAUAACUAGCCUACUUGGGGAGAAUUUUGAUCUUCUCUUGGAUGAUUUUCAUGCUGAAUGUUUCGAUGCUGUACCAUUGGAAAGCAAUCUCUGUUAUAACAAGGACCACGGUGACAUGUUCAGCUCCUGGAGACCAGCUUAGGCAUAUAUUUGAAAAGUGAAGGGUACCUAUCAUGAGUUCUAUCCCUAUCUCCUGGUGGUAUGUUCUUAGUUUGUUAUUUUUCGGUUGAAAGAAAAGGCCCUUCGUAGAGGUUAGCAUUAUCUUAAUUUUCUCUACUGUGCUUGUGUACUUUUAUAUAAUAUAUCUUUUACUUGCUUUUCCUUGCUAUUACAAAUAAGUGAACCUGGAAUCCAUCUUGAAUUUG